AUGCCAGCUACCGCAACGAAAGCGCCGCCCGGACCAGCCGGCGAAACGGCCAAAAAGAGCGUCGACACCGGCAAAGUCGCCGAAGAAGGCGUCAACGGCGCUAGCAAGAAAACCAGGAGGAGCUGGAGGAAAAUGCUCCUCGCUGCAAUCAAGAAGUCACAGACUCCUGUCCAGCGUAUUACUGCUCUCCGGAGGCAGCGACUCGUGACUGGCAUGUAUGUGCAUGGAUGGGGCUCAUUGAACCGUCAUAGCAGCACAGUGGGCGCCCGCCCUGCAGCUCGCUGGGUCGGGGUUCCUGACCCGCUUCCUUACUUUGCAGACCCACCGCCUGAGGCUGCUCGGGCUGUCCCUUUGCAGCGCACCACCUCCCACCCGGGCACCUCCCACCCGGGCACCUCUAUGCCACUGCCCUCGGAGCCUGCUUGA